CUGGGGGCUCCCGGCGCGGGUGCGAGCCCCCACCCUGCGGGGGACCCCCAGACCCUGCCCGGUGACCCGCCAGCCCCUCGAGGAUGAAGACGCUGGUCCGGCUCUUCCUCACACUGGUGUGCGCAGCGGUGGUGGCGGUGCUGUACAUCCUGCUGUCCUCCCUCGCCCGCCCGCAGCCCUGCUGCGGGGCCCCGGGGCAGCAGGGCAGCCCCGCGGCAUCCACCCUCCGUAGCUUCCAGGGAUACAGCCGCGUUCCCGACGGGAAGCCGCUGGAGCGAGCGCUGUGCCGCCACUGCGCCGUGGUGUCCAGCUCGGGGCAGAUGCUGGGCUCCCACCUGGGACAGGCCAUCGACGGGCAGGAGUGUGUCCUGCGCAUGAACCACGCCCCCACUGCCGGCUACGAGGAGGAUGUGGGGGCGCGGAACACCAUCCGGGUGGUCUCGCACACCAGUGUCCCACUGCUGCUGAGGAACCAGCCCUACUUCUUCCAGCAGUCCCAGGAGACCCUCUACAUCAUUUGGGGGCCAGCAAAGAAGCUGAACAGGGAGAAGGUGGGCUCGACCUACCAGGCGCUGCUGAAGGUGACGCAGACGUACCCCCAGCUGCAGAUCUACACCCUGACUGAGGAGAAGAUGACAUACUGUGACAACGUCUUCCAGAACGAGACAGGGAAGAACAGGAUGAAAUCUGGCUCCUUCCUGAGCACGGGCUGGUUCACCAUGAUCCUGGCCAUGGAGCUGUGUGAGCAGAUCCGUGUCUUCGGCAUGGUCAGCGACAGCUACUGCAGGGAGAAGAACCACUCCAGUGUGCCAUACCACUACUUCGAGAAAGGACGGCUGGAUGAGUGCAAGAUGUACCUGAUGCAUGAGCGCGCCCGGCGCGCCGGGCACCGCUUCAUCACCGAGAAGGCCAUCUUCUCCCGCUGGGCCAAGAGGAGGAACAUAGUCUUCACUCACCCGUCCUGGGCGGGCGGGUAGGGCGCCAGCCACGAGUUGAGGCAGCAGGGACCCCGGCGGCGGGGCAGUUCUCAUCCUGCACCAGCGUGUCUCGGCUCUGCCAGUGCCACAGUUGAACACCUUUUGCCAAGCCCUGGAGCAGGGAUUCUCCAUCUCUGCAGCGGCAGGGCCUGUUCCCCCAGCUGGUGGGUGGGCUGGGACCCCCCAUGUUGGUGCGUGGGGAGUGUGAGCUGGAUCCAUGGAGCCCCAUGGAGCUCCAGACGUCUGCCUGUAUGGACGCAGGAUGACCACGAAGGUUUUCUGCCCAGUCUUCUAGGAAGAAUAUUUAAUGCAGAAUAAACAUUUACCCUGCUGGGCUCUAGCAGGACAUGGGGCAGGAGAACUCAGCCCUGCCAGGGCCACAAAGUGGUGCCUCUCCCAGAGGUGAAGCUCUACUGUGGUCCUUGUUCCACUUGUGCCCUGAAACCCAGUGCAGGGAGCUGAAUUCAGGCUCCCUCAUCCUGCUGCCUUCUGCUGCUCAGUGCUUGGGCAGGUCCCUGCAGCCCCCUACAUCCCCCAUCUGAGAAGCCCUGGAGCCACAUGUGCCCUGGGGGCUCCAAAUUGCCUUGUCACAAGUGCCCUUGGAUUCAGACCAAAGCAAACGUGGCUAUUAAAAGUGUUUUUAAUUCA